AUGGCUGGGCUUCUCUAUGCCUAUCAGUCGAUUGGCGCUAUAUACGGAGAUAUCGGCACGAGUCCUCUAUACGUCUUCUCAGCAACGUUUUCUACCCAGCCGGUUCUGAUUGAUUUGAUUGGUGUUUUGUCACUUAUCAUUUGGGCUUUGUUGCUCAUUGCUACCAUCAAGUAUGUUGGUAUCGUGCUUUGUGCAAAUGAUAAUGGAGAAGGAGGAUCCUUUGCAUUACUAUCAAUCAUUCGGAGACAUGUGCAUCUUGAUUGGCGUGAUGCUAAAGCUAAGCUUGAAGAUGACUGGAGGGAUGGUAAGAUGGAUGAUACAGUCGGAUUUAACGGAUACGUUAAACGGUGGUUGGCGAAUAGCUCUGCUGCCAAACGCGCAAUUACUGUUCUUGCUGUGCUUGGUGUAUGCAUGGUCAUGUCAGGUAUCGUCUCCCUCAACUGCUCCCACAAUCAAUCCUCGGCGCCGUCCAAGGUACCUUUCCAGCAAUGGCUGUGUUCAUUCCCUCCAACUGACAUACUUAUAGGUAUUCAGAUUGCUGCACCGGAUAUCCCGUCCCAUACUAUCGUUGGCAUCACAUGUGCUCUGAUAGUCAUACUAUUUGCACUACAGCCAAUCGGAACAUCAAAACUAAGCAACUAUUUUGCUCCUAUUGUUACAAUUUGGUUAUUGUGCAAUACAUCAUUUGGCCUAUUUAACCUGGUGUUGUAUGACCACACCGUUCUAAAAGCAUUUUCUCCAACCUACGCUGUUUCUUUCUUGCUUCGGAAUGGGCUUUCAGGCUGGAGAUCACUUGGCGGCGUUCUCCUUUCUUUUACAGGUGUUGAAGCCUUGUUUGCUGACCUAGGCGCAUUCUCUGCAAAUGGCCAAGCUGCGUAUAUCAGCGAGCACCUAGACGCAUUCGAGAAUCCGUUAUUCAAGGCCGUCCCACCAGGCCUAUACUGGCCCACCCUUGUACUUUCCAUGAUUACCUCAAUCAUUGCAUCUCAGGCUAUGCUUACUGGCAGCUUUCAGUUGAUAUCCCAAGCUGUUCGGCUGGGGUAUCUUCCUAAACUUACCCGUGUGCAUACAUCAAAGAGGAUAACCAGCCAGAUAUAUAUACCCCUGGCAAACUGGUUUAUGAUGGCCUGCGCACUUGCUGUUACCAUAGUGUACCAAAAUACAACUCGUCUUGGAAAUGCCUAUGGUGUCUGCGUGGUUGGAGUAAGCUUCAUCACAACCUGGCUGGUGACAUUACUUGCUAUUGUUGUCUGGAAUGUUCACUACCUGAUUGUGAUCCCCAUAUCACUAUUCAUUGGACUGGUUGAUACCUUGUUCCUAUCUGCCGCUCUGGCUAAGGUGCCUUCCGGUGGAUGGUUUACACUUGUUUUAGCUGCAGUGCUAACGACAACCCUGCUUGUAUGGAGCUAUGGAGAAGGAUCAAAGUGGGCUGCACGGAAGGAUGAGAGGAUAUCUCAAGCCGUGGUGUAUCCAAACCAGAAUGGCCAGUUGAUACUGCGUGACGAGGGUGUGGAUCAACCAGUAAAGAAAAUAAAAGGGAUUGGAGUGUUUCUGACGGACCAUGAUGCCGGGUCACCUUCGGUGUUCAAGCAUUUUGUCCACAAGUUUGAGUCGAUACACGAAAUAUCUAUCCUUCUUCAUGUUAAACGUGUUCUGAAAUAUACUGUAGCCGACGAGCGCCGAUUCACAUUACGACAAACAGGAAUUCAGGGGCUGUUUCAUGUCACCCUGCAAUAUGGCUACGGAGACACCGUGUCCUGGAACUCCUUUGAAAGAGACAUCCUAAGUGAACUAGGAACCAUCACUCCGGCAUGUCGGGAUGAUCUGGAGCCAGAGUCUCCCACAGCUGAUCUUGGCGAAGAGUCAUCCACCGCCAUACCACUUACCACCAAGAGACCCUCCACAAAAUCUAUCACAUAUAUAGUUGGGAAGGACAAACUCUACCUCCUCCCAACGUCCAACCUGAUCCGGCGAGUAUUUCUAUGGGCGUUCAUCCACCUGAAGAACCGCGAGAAGACGAAGCUAGAUCACCUGAAUGUUCCAGUGGAUAGGUUGCUGGAAAUCAAGUUCUCAAAAGGGAUAUAA